GGGGAAACAAGUACGGUAGGGGGUCGACGAGCUGUGAAAACAGAAGGAGAGUGAUGCUCGUGAUAUGAUUAAACGUCUGCUCCAACACAGGGGUCUCCUGGAGCAGAGAUACAGGAGGAGAUGGGAGAUGAGGGAAGAGGCAGAGGAAAAGAUAAAGUCGAAGGGAACAGGGAACAAGGCUCUUGGGAUGCUCUGACUUUACUGAACGACGCUGGUGUCUUUAUGUCGCUGCAGGGUCGACGGGGGAAGGUGGGGCUUGAACACUCGACAGAACUGGAAUACCUUCAACUAUUUUUACCCGGAUCUCCUACGUGCUGUUAUCCACCCUCUUGCCAGCUCAUAGGCAUCAAUCAAGAGAGACUGCAUUCCCACCUGUCAGUGCGGUUACCUGAGGACUAGCGGAUUCAUUCUUGUCCCAUGAGAUGUCUUUGGUUAAAAGUGUUCCAUGGUGACAUUAUGAUACCUUUGCUACUAUAAAGUGUUUUUCAAUAACACACUGAAGAUUGUGGCAGCCAUAUUGUCACUGAGCCACGUAAAACAAAACCCACGCCCCUCAUUUGGGACUAUGCCCUUUCUAUCGCCUCCCUUGUUGCCCUACCUUGCGCCCCGCUCAGUCAUGUUCAUUGGACUGCUGCUUCUGGUCAAUUGGGGUCCCGAAAGGGUCAACUGCCAGAAUGACACAGAGCCAAUCGUAUUGGAGGGAAAGUGUCUGGUGGUGUGCGACUCCACCCCGUCUGCGGAGCCAUCGGGUAAUGCUCUGGGCAUGUCGGUGAGGUCAGGAAGCGGCAGGGUUGCGUUUUCCGCCAUCCGAAACACCAACCACGAACCCUCGGAGAUGAGCAACCGCACCAUGACCAUUUACUUUGAUCAGAUCCUAGUAAACGUCGGUGGGCAUUUCGAUCCGGCACGGAGUAUCUUUGUGGCGCCUAGGAAAGGAGUCUACAGUUUCAGCUUUCAUGUGGUCAAAGUUUACAACCGGCAGACAAUACAAGUGAGUUUGGUUCUCAACGGCUGGCCGGUGAUUUCAGCCUUCGCAGGCGAUCAGGACGUGACCAGGGAAGCUGCCACCAAUGCCGGCCUGGUGAUAAUGGAGCGAGGGGACAAGAGUUACCUCAAACUGGAGAGGGGGAACCUGAUGGGAGGGUGGAAGUACUCCACUUUCUCCGGGUUUCUAGUGUUCCCCUUGUAGAUAAACAUUACGUUAUGUUGUUGUCGUGUGGAAGGAGCAUUAACAGAUGCGUUGAAGACAAACUGCAGUGAAAAUGGGUGAGAUCACUCAGCAACAAACAAAUCAUGAAUGUAUUUUCCGUUUAUCCUUGUUUUAUGACUCGGAGUACUGUGUUGUGUCGUCUAUGCUUGCUAUCAACGUGUGUCACCCUGUCAUAGCUUUGUGAUUUUGUUUUAAUGCACGAAAUUUGGUGGCAAUAAAGAAAAGUAUUGUGUCCAUUC